GGAGGAAGGCAGCAGAACUCUAAUCCCAUCUCUCAUUCUAUACAGAGCAGGACAGUGCAGCAGAGACAGUGACUGGCUGCUGGGCUUUAUGAGAUAAGUGCUCACUGCCUGCUCCCAACAUGACACCCAGUCCGCUGUCAUGGGGGGAUCCGUUUUGCAUGGGAACAAGAGUUGGAACUGGGUCUGGGAGUAAGAGACAGUAUCCUCCUCCUCCUCUCCGCCCCCAUUCUCCAAGCACACACCUGCCCCUCCUCCCAAUGCACUCCCUACUGCUGGAGGCUGCCCAGCUCUGCUGUUAGACUGGUUCCCAGCAGCAACCUGCACAUCACCCAUCACCCUUCCCUCCUGGACUCAUCCACCAGCCAUGGAGCUCUCACUCCUCUGACCCAUGUGGAUUUCUGCUACACAGGGAUGUACCGGAGGGAGGAGGAGAGCAACCAGGAGCCCACCACACAGGCUGCCCCCGGGCACUUGGCUGCAUGGCUGUAACAGGGCAAGCCGAGGACUGCAGUCGGGCAGCUCUAUGCGGACAAUAGACGUGACAAACGAGGCACAAAGGAGUUACAUCAGAUGACACUUAGGCUCUUUAUAAAUCCCCAAACUGCUUUGUGGCUGUGCACCAUAGGUUGACAUUCCCCCAAUGCUCACAUGGUUGAGAGUAUGACGUCACCCUCCAAGGGCUGUGGGAACAGUCUGAUAGUUAACACUCAAGUUUUAGACAAAAGUGUCUCAAGAACUCUAUCUGAUGGCAGCUGUCACAAUGGAACAUGCAGUAACAAAGAGGACUCCUGGGGAGACGAGAGCACCUCAAAGUCGCCAAACAUCUUCACCAGCCCAAAACAGCUGUCAAGUCCUAACCAUGAAAGGCCCCGAUCUACGAUUGCUAUGGGAAACUCCUCCACUUGGAAUGCGUUGUCCUCCUUGAGAAAGAUGGGCUCCUUCAAAAAGCUGAAGUCAUCAGUUUUGCAGGGAAUUCAGGCAAAAGAAAACGCCAAUAUUUUAAGCGAGCUGGAGAGUGGAGGUGGUGGACAAAAGCGUUUGUCUUCUGAAGGAGGAGUAAGUGGUCAGACUACAUGUAGGUUGUCCAGUCCAAGGUCAAUGCAUGAUCAUUGUAAUGCAACAGAUGGGCUGCAGUCUGAUGGAUCUGAUAUUGAUGAAACUGAUAACUCCUUCUUGAGGAGUACACAUAGGUCCCGCAGCAUUAGACGUGCCUACGGAGCUGGCAGAAUUAACUUAUUGGAUAACGACAAAGGGCGUUUUGCCCAAAGUCCUCUUCGGCUCUCACCGUUUGGACAGGAGCAAAAUGUCUGCGAAAUCAUUGUGAAGGACACGGAAAGCAACAAAAUCAUUUAUAGAAGGAGCAAGAGCACGGACAAUCUGAACUUCCUCAAAAAGAGCUCAUUCAAAAGGAAAUCUACCUCUAAUCUAACGGAUGUUAGGUCCAACAGCGAAAAGGAGAUCCUCCAAAAAAGUACUGUAAACUCAUCUGCGGAUACUGUUAACAUUUCUGGGACCCCAGGGAGAAGAUCAAAGAGGUGGAGGAGUCCAAUCAGGGCAAAGGACUUUGACAGAGUGCUGAAAAUCAUGAGCAACGUUACAGAUGGCCAUUGGAAAAGGGAUGGUAGCAAGUGCAGCUCUCCCACUAAUGAAGAACCCUACCGAAGUCGACCGAACAGUCGCUUGCAUGACGAUUAUUCCAGGAGAGCGUCUAGGAGUGCUGACACAGAAAGAAGGCGAUAUAUAUCCAGUCCACAUUCCCCCUCCCCUGAAACUAACUUGCGACUUAUUUCCAGCAGGAGCCACGCGGACAAUCUUGAAAUGAAUGUGCUGUCUACAGACUUAAAAAUGUCCUCUUCUGAAGGCCUCUCUGUUGAAGCAUGCAGCCCCUCUCCUACUAGCAGUAGCUUGAGCCGGUUAGCGAGCGAGGUCUUUUACUCUGACUCGGAAGAGCCUAGACACAUUCCUCAUUCAGCAUCAGAUUUAGGAGUGCUUGGAACACCUGUAAGGCCCACUGCUCCCAAACCACAGAGCCCCAGCGCCGAACUCAACAAAUACAAUGCCUCAAACCAUCACAGCACUUUAUCGUUGAGCUCUAUGGAAAGUGAUGAAAGGGCUGAAUUAGGGGUCAUAAAGUUGGACAGGAGUCCACAGUUAUUUAAGGAUCCUAUUAGACAUGCCUAUUAUGAUGACGGCAAUGAGGAUAGUGGAAUCAGCAGCCACUCUCAGUUGAGUCUCAAUGUGGUUAAUGAAGAAAAACACGAGGAGGUUCCAACCGAGGCCUCGCCAACAAAAUCUCCAGUUCAGGAUGAAGAAAAGGCUGAAUCUCAAAAAGUGGCGUCCCGGAAAUGGGCAUGUGGAAAAAGUCGGUGUCGGCCAAGGCCCGUUUCAGACUAUGGUCAGAUGGCCAUCCGCAGUUUCUCUAUCCCAGAGGACUCUGUGCCCACAGAUUGCCAAGGCACUGGUGGUGGGAAGUGUAAUUUCCCUUCACGAUCAUUUAGUGUGGAGCCAAAGGGUCGUCAGCCUAGCGUGGAGUUUCAAAGCAACUGUAAGAGAAGACCUAUUUCUGUGAUAGGUGGGGUCAGCUUUUAUGGGACAAGCGAAGACGAAGGUGGAGAUCUGGUUCAACAACCGAUUCCCCGGCCUCCGGUUCCCUCGCACAAGGUGCCACCGUAUAAAGCAGUUUCCGCUCGCCUGCGACCAUUUGCAUUCUCGCAGAGCACGCCUAUCGGCCUGGAUAGAGUUGGACGCAAGAAGACCAUAAGGAUUUCUAACAUUUCUACAGAUGCUGGAGCGGAAUCCGCCACUCUGGGGGAGGACAACUGUAGCGAGGAGGAGUACAGCUAUGAUGAACCCUACCAAGCCAAUCCAAGAUACCUGCAGCCAGGAGGGGAGCAGCUGGCUAUUAAUGAGUUAAUAAGUGAUGGCAGCGCAGUCUAUGCAGAAGCCUUAUGGGAUCACGUGACUAUGGAUGAUCAAGAGUUGGCCUUCAAAGCCGGAGAUGUCAUAAGAGUUCUUGAGGCUUCCAAUAAAGACUGGUGGUGGGGGAGGAUCCGAGAUACGGAAGCCUGGUUCCCAGCUAGUUUUGUCAGGUUGAGAGUGAAUCAGGAGGAUGCUUCGGAAAACUCUGGCAGCUUCCAUGAUGAAGAACACGAUACCGAUGUUGGUAAAUUUCGCCUUAAGAGCCCCGAAAACAAGGAUCAAAUGAGAACGAAUGUCAUCCGUGAGAUAAUGAACACAGAGCGGGUAUACAUCAAACACUUGAAAGACAUCUGUGAGGGCUACAUCAAGCAGUGCCGAAAGCACACAAGCAUGUUUACUGAAGCCCAGCUCGGAACCAUUUUUGGAAAUAUUGAAGAAGUUUAUAAAUUCCAGAAAACAUUCUUCAAGAAUCUGGAAAAACAGUACAACAAAGAGGAGCCUCACCUGAGUGAAAUUGGGGGAUGUUUCCUUGAAAAUCAAGAAGGGUUUUCUAUCUACUCUGAGUAUUGCAACAACCAUCCCAGCGCCUGCCUGGAGCUCUCCAACUUGAUGAAGCUGAGCAAGUACCGGCACUUCUUUGAGGCCUGUCGGCUACUACAGCAGAUGAUUGACAUUGCCAUUGAUGGCUUUCUGCUGACUCCAGUCCAGAAGAUCUGCAAAUACCCCCUACAGCUAGCGGAGCUGCUUAAAUACACCACUCAGGAGCACAGGGAUUACAGUAAAAUAAAAGAAGCUUACGAGGCCAUGAAAAACGUUGCUUGCUUAAUUAAUGAGCGGAAGAGGCGGCUGGAGAGCAUAGACAAGAUUGCCUGCUGGCAGGUGUCCAUUGUCGGGUGGGAGGGACAAGAUAUUUUAGCCAGGAGCUCCGAGCUGAUCCAUUCAGGAGAACUGACAAAGAUCUUUAAACAAGGGAAGAGCCAGCAAAGGACAUUCUUUCUGUUUGACCACCAACUGGUCUUCUGCAAAAAGGACUUGUUACGCAGAGACAUCUUGUACUACAAAGGGCGGAUAGACACGGAUGAGAUGGAAUUUACUGACGUCGAAGACGGCAAGGACAGGGACUUCAAUUUGAACAUUAAGAAUGCUUUUAAGAUGGUAAAUAAGCAGACUGAUGAAGUUCAUUUGUUUUGUGCAAAGAAGCUGGAAGACAAGCUGGGAUGGCUUCAAGCGUUCUUGGAUGAAAGGAAGAGAGUCCAAGAGGACAAGGAGAUGGGGAUGGAGCUUUCAGAAGAGCAGAAGGAACAAGCCAUGCUUAAUGCAAAGAGGUCCAGACAAGGAAAGAUGAAAGGUGUCACAUAUAAUGGAUUUCCCACAGUUCCUCCUCAUCAGAACUUGCAUCCGAUCCACCAGCGUCAUGUUACAGUUCCCACCAGCAUACCACAGCAGCAGGUCUUUUCCUUGGCGGAACCCAAGAGGAAAACAUCUCCAUUUUGGAACACGAUUACUAAACUCACACCCUUUAAGAAAUGACAAAUGAAGGAAAACAUGGGCUUUCUGAAAGACAUGAACAGUAUUUGAAGACUGAAGAUCAAACUUUUUCGGAUAACGUUAAAUCUCUAAGUAACUCACCUGUAUUUUCAUGAAGGGAAGAAACGAUGAAGGGAAAAAAAAAACAAUGUGAAACUGCUGGAAAGAUGAUUUAUUGUAAAACAUUUUCUUUGAGUGAUUCUCAAUUUUGAUGAAAAUUUUAUUUAUUCUUGAAGAUGGACAGAUUUUUGUUUCUUUUUUUAAUAUGUAAAUAAUUUUAUUUCUGUUUAUAAUUAGUUUGGCAACAGUGAGAUGUUUGUUUAAUGCCUCUUGUGGGCUUCUAGUUAUUUUGUUGUUGUUGCCACUUUUACGAAAACAGGAAGUAAUUGUGGCUGGUUAGGGUGUUUUGUAGACUGGCGGCCAUUUUUGAAAUCCAGGAAGUGAUGACAAUUUUAUUAUUUGAGGUCAUUGAUUAAUACUUUAAGUCACUUCAUGUACCAAUAACAGUUUUGUACGCGUGUGUAUAUAUCUCUCUCUAUUGGACCGGCACUCCCCUUAUAAUGGUCUUGCUGCUCCGGUGCCCUCUGAAGAAGAAUAGCCACUCAUCAAAAGGAAAGCAUAGCGGCACUCGGAGUCCUUAAAACGUGUAUUUCAAAACAUCACAGACAGCACCAACGUUUCGGGGCUACACCGCCCCUUUGGCCAGGUGACCUUCACGUGGUCAAAGGGGUGGUGUGGCCCCGAAACGUUGGUGCUGUCUGUGAUUUACACAAGGUUUUUUUUAUGAAGCGGGAAACCUUUCAAAUAGUAUAAUGGAUUUCUAGUACAAUCAUUUAGAAAAUUGUGAUCCCAUAUACAGUAUAUAUAAAAAAAAAUUUUUUAAAAAGCCAAAUGGCUACAUUUUGUAUGCUUUGGCAAAUUGUGUAGAUGGCUGUUACAAACAUAGGUGUCGGAAUGGGAAGGGGGCAAGGGGGCAGCAUGCCCCCUUCCCCAUCCACGAGAUGGAGGCGUGGGUGAGCGCUUACCCCCGGAUCCCCACGGACGACUCCUCGAAGGAGUCGCCCGGAGGUAAGCACCGCUCACCCACACUGGGGGAGGGAGGGGGGGGGGGGUGAGCGCCAAAAUGUAAUUUUCACUACGCCCCCUCCCCCCAACCUCAAAACAUUCCAGCUCCCCUGCUUACAAAUAAUUAAGUUACCGACUAACGUAUGGAUUCUACUUUGUAUUCAAUCAUAGGUUUUUAUAUGUCUUUGUGCACUGCGAGAUGACCAGCCUUGCUGCGUGGUCUGGCGUUUGACCACACAAUUGCCGAACGGUCACAUCGUAUGCAGGGCAAUAGCGGUGAUCUGAAAUCAUUGUAAGACUAGAUCAUUAUCAAGCAUAUUGGCGAAUUUAAUUGGUUUUGAAUUUCUUACCUGCUACCGUUAUAUUGCAAAAGUAACCGCCAACUCCCUUUCCCCCUGGCCCCGUCACCAUAACCUUUACAUCUAUGGACAUGUAAGACAGACCAGACCUUUCAUAUGCAUUGACAUAUACAUUAACAAAUGAUCUUCUUUGAUUUACAAAAAAAGACUGCCUUUUCUUAUAUCAUUGUAUAUCUCCAAAAUAUUCCAUUGAAAACAAGUGUAUCACCUGUAACUAGACUGUUAUUUAUUUUGUAUAGCUAACCAUGCUCUUUAUUGUCCUGUUGUCUAUUUUUCAUAAUGAAAAAGAUAUAUUUCCCCUUUCAAAUAACGUACGGAGACUUUAAUGAUUUGCCAACGUCUUUCUGAUUUGAGUGGAUUUAGUCAGGCUCAUGUGUGUUAACGCUGGAAUGUAUUUUUCAGUUCAGUGUUAAUAUGAAACCAGGAACCGAGAUUUUAAACUUUUGUUUGUAAUGAACUGCAGUUUUGUGACUGUCAUAAUGGAAUUUGUUUUACUGUUACAUUUCACUGGGCUUAUGGUGAAGUUCUGAUUGAAAUAUUUCUUAAAAAUGUGA